AUGCCGCAGUCGAGGGAUGGCGAUGAGGUCGCGAGACCGCUGCUACAUGGCGGCGGCGCGGAUGAGCAGAAUAGACUGAGAGGAGAACCGCGUGGAGUAUCCACGCCAAGUUAUGCAGAGAGCUUUCUAGAUGAAGUCGCAGAAGGAGUGCGGAAACGAGACCUUCAGCGCCUGAAACGGGAAAUGGUGCGAUCCGUAAGCUUCAUCUCUGCGGUGGUCAACUGUUUCUGCGUUGGCUCCAUCAUGGCAUACUCUCUCUACGGCCACCUCUUUCUCUCGCGCCUCCACUAUACCCAAAUCCAAGUAAACAUGGUAUCCAUUGCGGGCGAACUCGCCAUGUACCUGCCCAUUUGCAUAUUCGGGUAUCUCUGCGAUCGAUACGGUCCGCGACCAGUAAUAUUAUCGGGCGGCGUCUUUUUCGGCCUUGGAUACCUAUUAGCAGCAUUCACAUACCGGGCCGGCGCGCCGAGAGACGGUGGUUGGCCUGUGGGGGUCAUGAUUCUUGCAUUUAUCGGCGUGGGCAUGGGAACGAGCGCGAUGUAUCUCGCAUCCGUGGCAACGACAGCAAAGAACUUUGGUCGAGGCAAACACAAGGGUCUGACGCUGGCUAUUCCCAUUACCGCCAUUGGACUGAGUUCCAUGUGGCUGAGCCAAGUUGCCAGUCGAGUACUGUACGAGCGCAGACCAGACGGCAGUCGAGGCGAUGUAGACGUGUUCAAGUUUUUCAUCUUUCUCGCCGUGCUCCUCUUCGUACUAGCCCUCAUUGGCUCCGUUGCGCUGCGCGUCGUGGACGAGGAGGAGAUGAUAGAAGAGGCAGUCGAGGAUCUCCAGCGCAGUGGACUUCUAGAGGAGAGCAACUUCUUCCGCGGCGGACCGCCUGAGCUCGAAUACGGCACCUUUGGCGGCGGCGAUGGUCAGGCCGACGAGGAAGCCGGCCUGGCUGCGUCAGGACUGACCGAGGCAGAGGAAAGCAAACAGCGAGAGGAAGAAGAGCAGAAGCGCAAGAUUUGGUUAUUGAACGGCGAGACGAGGCGGUUUCUCAAGGAUAAAACCAUGUGGUGGUUUGCCGCGGGCUUCUUUCUCGUCACUGGCCCUGGCGAGGCUUUUCUCAAUAACCUCGGCACCGUCAUCGGCACGCUCUACCCACCAUCCACUCCCCCGUCAUCCAUCCCCACCAGCGCAGCAACACACGUGUCCAUUAUGGCAAUAACAUCCACCCUCGCGCGUCUCAUUACGGGGACAUUAUCCGACCUCGUCGCACCCGCAUCUACACCCCACGCGUUUCCCCAUCCCCAACCUUCUUCCUCCUCCUCUCCCCCUUUCUCCCCCUCUUCCUCUCUUUCCUCUUCAUCCUCCUCUACCCUCCCCCCCUCACCCCCCUCCCUCUUCUCCCGUAUCCUCGGCCCUCUCCGCACCAUCCACCACUCCCGCACCCUCCGCAAUCUCCAUCUACGCGUCAAACGACUCACACUCUCCCGCCUGACCUUCCUCAUAUCCUUCGCCUUCCUCCUCUCCCUCGGCACGCUCUUCCUCGCCACAGGUCUUGUGCAGAACCACGCCGAGCGGUUCUGGCUCGUGUCCGGCCUCAUUGGCGCAGGGUACGGCGCCGUGUUUGCCCUUGCGCCGAUCAUUACGAGUCUUGUCUGGGGGCUGGAGAAUUUCGGCACGAAUUGGGGGAUUGUCGCCAUGGUGCCUGCGGCGGGCGCGACGGUUUGGGGGCUGGUGUAUUCGGCGGUGUAUCAACGGAUGGCUGAGCGGGGGGUUUCCUCGUCUUUAUCGCCAACGUCUGUAUCCACAAAUCUAAACGCGACUUUGCAAACACCCAACGACAACAACAACGACGACGACGACGUGCUGUGCUACGGCACUGGAUGCUACGCGCCGACCUUCUACGCCAUGAGCGUGAGCGUGUGGAUCGCGUGCGGGCUGUGGCUGUUUGCAUGGAAGGGAAAAGGCGGGUGGGCGCGACGAGGGAUUCGGAUUUAA